AUGCCACGAAUGCCCAGGAACAAGAAGAGGUCCACAGUGGACAUAGAGAAGCUCCCCAAAUGCUGCGAAUGUGGACGGGCUGUUGCACGUGCUCGCGACCACAUGUGCUUCAACCAUCUGCAAGUUAUCUAUGCACGCUAUGCAGAUCAGCCAUGCCCUACACAAUUUGUCUGUGAAGACCCUGAUGGCAAGGUGAUGUGCCUGCGUUGCGGCUUUCAUAUGGCUCUUCAACACCAUCUAGACAAACAUACCUUGCACAAUUGCCCUCAUGUCAGGGGAAAAGAAGGCGUGCCAGCUAUUGAACACCCCAUUCUGAUAGCUUUCGACUUGCAAGACACACCCAUCGAAGUGCCUAAAGAAAAUAUCAUUGCAGCCACCACUGUCAUCAUCAAUGCAGCUCCUGCUGCCAUCAUCGAUGGAGCCCUUGGUGCUGCCACCCCCGCUGUUGUCAUUGAUGGAGCCCCCACCACUGCCACCACUGCCACCACUGCCCACACUGUUGAUGUAGCUUCUGCUGAUGUGGCUCCCACUGCCAUCAUCGAUGGAGCCCCCACCGCUGCUGCCCCAGCUGUCGAUGUGACCUCCACUGCCGCAGCCCCCACCGGUGCAGCUCCUGCUGCUGAUGCAACUGAUGCCACCGAAGACGAAUUUGCUGAGGCUCCGUGGAGCCCCCGGACCCCAGUUCGGGUCUGUAAAAGGGCCCGCUCGUGCCCUCCAGCACCACGCAAGAAGCGUGAAUGGCGUGGGGUGCCGGUCACCCCGGAAUCACCUUUGGAAGGCUCCAUUUUUCAUGAUGUAAUACAUUGGGUGCUACCUUUUUGUUAA